UCAGCAAACAAUACCAUCUCAUGAACUUCGUUGACAAAUAAAAACAUAUUGAAGAUUACUGCCAAAACUAAUUGACUGCGGAGGCAUUCCUGGCAUUGUGACUUAUCAUAAAUAGUUUAUCAUAGGUGUCAACAUGAAAAAUGUAAGCUAUGAAUUGUUUCGUUAAUUUAUUUUACGAAACAAGGUGUUGUUUAUCUAGGUUGCUUUCUGCAAUCUGCAUACUCAAUAGUCAAUAGUCAACAGUGAACCGAAAAGUAAAUAACAAUUAGAAUGGAUAAAUUCACCAGAUAUUAUAAUUUAUUUUGAUCUGGUUGCGAACAUAGCAAGCUUUAAUUCAGAAUGGCUAGUCGUUUUUUGCAGCGUUUAGUGUUUUCAAAUUCUUUGAGGAAUAUAAAACCUAACCUCUCUCAACGCCAUGUAGGUAUAAAUUCUUUAAAUACAAAUACAAUUAUAAUCAGAAAUUAUGCUAAAAGUAAAGAUCGAGGUAAAGAGAAAAAAGGCAAAACACCGAAAGUGGAUAUUAAUCCAACAAUGAUGGCAGAAUUAGUUGAUGUGAAUAAGAUAAAAAGUAGAUGCCAAACCUCAAUUGACAAAAUGCGAGAGGAUUUUGCAAAGAAUUUAUCACUAAGAUCGGCAACAGGCUCAAUAGAAUCCUUGCCAAUCAAGUAUGAAGGCAAAGAUUAUGAGUUACAAGAGCUUGCUCAGGUCAUAAGAAAAAAUCCAAAAACCCUUGUUAUAGACUUUUCAUCAUUUCCUCAAGUCAUACCAGAUGUUUUAAAAGCCAUUCAUAGCUCAGGAUUAAACUUAAAUCCACAACAAGAUGGAACUAGGUUGUAUGUCCCUGUACCUAAAGUGACAAAAGAGCAUAGGGAGGCCCUGGCAAAAAAUGCAAAAGCUUUGUAUAUUAAUUGUCGAGAUGCUAUGAAGGACAUUCAAAAUGAGUUUAUUAAAAAGAGUAAAAAACAGACUGGAGUUUCAGAAGACUUAGUUUAUAACAUUGUAAAACAAAUAACUGCCUUAUGUGAACAAUAUCAAACAGAUGCCAAAAACAUAUAUGAAUUAAAAAAUAAAGAACUUCUAGGAAAUUAAAAGCAUUAUUGUAAAGUGGUUAUUGUAGUCUAAUAAAUAUAUAAAAAAAUCAUGUCAUU